CUCUGUGGGUCAUAAACCAUCGACUGAGGGUCCCCAGACGAUCUCAGACAUCAGUUUAAAGACAUGCCUGGUGCCGGCGGUCAGUACCAGGUGACCCGGAUGAGGCUGAACCUCAGCCUGUACAGCCUGACAGAGACCAGUGAAGGAUGCCCCGAGGACGAGGAGGCCAGCGCCUUCCUGCGCCUCACGCCCCUGCAGAAGCUCACCGACGCCAUGUGCAAAGACGAGCGCACCAUCAAGGAGCUGAUCGUCGGCCGCAGGGUGGGCUUCUACAAGGUCCGAGGGGAGAUCGGCUACGGGACCUUCUCCAGGGUCAAACUGGCCUUUCAUGCUCUGACCAAAGCCCUGGUCCUGAGUCCUCCUAUGGGGGUAAGAACUGCAGGUCCAGAGGUCCAGAGGUCCCUGACGGAUCUGACACCCGGUUCUUGUCUCUGCAGCACCACAUGAACAUCAUCCACCGGGACCUGAAGGCAGAGAACGUUCUGUUCAGCAGCAGCGGCUGUGUGAAGGUGGCCGACCUGGGCUUCAGCACCCGGGUGUCGGGCCGCGGCUGCGCCCUGGACACGUUCUGCGGGUCGCCCCCCUACGCCGCCCCGGAGCUGUUCAGGGACGAGAGCUACCUGGGCCCCCCGGUGGACGUGUGGGCCAUGGGCGUCCUGCUGUUCUUCAUGGUGACCGGCACCAUGCCGUUCCGGGCCGACACCAUGGGCAAGCUGCGGCGCUGCGUCCUGGAGGGCAGCUACGCCGUGCCCCCCUGGGUGCCGGGCCCCUGCCAGAGGCUGAUCAGGGGCAUCCUGAAGCCCGUCCCCUCGGAGCGCUGCGCCGUGGACCAGAUGCUGGGCUGCGACUGGCUCCUCCCCGUGGAGUUCCCCUGGUCCCUGGUCCCCGCGGAGCCCUCCAGUCCUCUGCAGAGCCUGCUGGACUCGGAGCGGGGGGGCCUGGAGGAGCAGGUGGAGGAGGAGGUCCGCGGCUCGCUGGAGGAGCUGGGCUUCACGGCGGAACACCUCCGCAACAAUCAGCUGACGGACAGCCGCAGCCCCGUCACCGGGGUCUACCGGAUCCUGCUGCACCGGGCCCAUAAGAGGAGGGGCUGCGACUCGCUGCCGGUGGUCCGAGGGAUGGUCAGGGACCCUAAGAGGGAGGGGCUCCGGGCCUACAGGGGCCUCCGGCACACCUCCAAGUUCUGUGUUCUGUCCUAAGAGACGCUAAAGAUGUUUUUAUUGUUUUUCACGACGGAAGUGCCUGAUGAUCACAACUGACCUGAAGUCAUGAAGUCAGGUAGAGAACUAGGAGGUCGCCUAGAGCGCCCUCUGCUGG